UUUCGUCUCAUUGGGACUACGUGAUUUCAAAGCCAUUGAGAUAGACAGCGGGCAUUGUAUAAACAAAAAUAAACUGCAUUUUGCCCCAUAAGACCCCGUACAAAUAAAUAUAUAUCCAAUAAAAUAUGACAUCGGCAUUUUCAAGUUCAGAUACUGCCGUAUUAGAAAGACAGGCAGAUUUGUUAGACGUUGAGCGAGAAGUUUCGCUGAAGGAAAUAUGGAGUGAUUCCCAACGUGAAACUUGUUUCGAAUGGAUAAAAAGCAAUGGCUACAAAAGAGUUUGUCUACAAUUUCCUGACAGCUAUCUGAAAUGCAGUGAAGCUAUUGCCGCAAGUAUUAGACAGGCUUUUUCUGCGGCAGAUGAAGUUAAGACAUUUAUUUUGGCCGACACAUCAUACGGCAGUUGCUGUGUAGAUGAGAUUGCAGCGGCUCAUGUUGAUGCUGAUUCGCUGGUUCAUUUUGGCAACGCAUGCCGAAGCAAAGUUUCACGAUUACCAGUACUUUAUUUGUAUCCGAAAUUCGAAUUAGACUUGGAAAAGUUCUAUACCUACCUUGAAUCAUAUAGAGAGCACUCAACAUCAAAGGUGGUCACUAUCUACCUAGAUAUUGGCUAUCAUCAGCUACUUAAUAAACCGAGUUAUGAUGAACUGAUGGAAAAGUGUAAAGCCCUAAAAGCUAUGCGUUUGGACAUUAUCACUUAUUGUGGAGAUAAAUAUGCUACAAUUGCAGAGGAUGGACAAAUUUCCCUAAUAACCAAUGGAGACUACACCGAAGAAGUAGAUGAAUUGGACUCAAAUAGAAUAUGUUUAUUUGUUGGUUCGGAUAACCAGCGUUUCUUUAACCUAUCACUCACCACCAAAGCUGAGAAAUGGUUCAUUUAUGAUGUGUUCUCGGCAACGGGUAGGGAAAAGAAUCCCCUAACGGCCACAUAUAUACGACGCAGAUAUUUUUACAUAGAAAAAUGUAAAGAUGCCCAAACAUUAGGUUUAAUUGUUGCCACACUUACUUCCAAUGGUUAUUUAGACGUUGUUAAACAUCUACAGACCAUGGCCAAAGCAAGGGGCAUUAAGACACAGAUUAUCUCAGUUGGACGCAUAAAUCCAGCUAAAUUGGCCAAUUUCUUGGAAAUUGAUUGUUUUGUACUUAUUGGUUGUCCUUUUAACAACAUGUUCGAAUCGAAGGAAUUCUACAAACCCAUUGUAUCGGUGUUUGAAGCCGAAAUGGCAUUAAAUCCAGCCUGGCAUAUGCGCUAUCCAGAAUCAUAUGUAACAGAUUUUAAAGAUCUACUGCCUGAAGGACGUAGUUUCCUUGAAUUCAAUGCCAACGAUAUAAAUCCAGAAGAUGUUAGUUUACUUACCGGGCGUAUGCGUUUUAAUGGUACCAAUGGAAAUGAUGUUGAAACGGCUAAUCUCUCGGCAUUGUCGGAACAGCAACAAACAAUUGCAACACAGGCCAGAAUGGAAGUAAUGACAACAAAUACUGGUUUGACAUUUGAAGAUCGUACAUGGCGUGGACUUGAUCCAGCGUUGGGACAAACUGAACCAGCUAAAAUCGAAAAGGGUUUGAGUGGUAUUCCAAUUCGCUAUACUCAUGAUUAGGAUGCGAAAUGGGAAUUAAGUGGUUAUAAGUACUUGUAAUUUUUAAUUGGAUUGAUUUUGCUUUUCUAUAUAAGUUUUCUCAGAGAUUUCAUUUUUUAUUUCGUCCAAUAUGUCUGUUCUAAGAUUUCCACAUGAUUGUGUCUAUAUUUUAUCGAUAAUAUAAUAAACUUUUUUUUGUAAUAA